GUUGUUUAGGAUUUCAGGUCUAUGACAUAAAUUGCACAAUAAAAAUUUCAACUUAGAAUUAAGACUUAUUUUAGAAGACCAAAAGAACAAGAAUAUAACGAGAAAGAUAAUGGACAGACGACAGCUCCUAUUGGUUGCUGUGCUGUCAGUCACAUGCUGUGUUUACGCCCAGCAGGGACAACACACAGUUUUUGCCAUGGUCCUUGGAAAAGGAGGCCAGAAAAUGCCGGAGAUCAAAGUCAAUGGCGUCAAAAUGAAUUUGCACAAUCCCGUGAGUCAAGCACCAAAAGAACCCGGGGCCCUCGUGCAAGGUCCUCCUUCAGAUACAACAACUUUCAUUGUUGGAAGCAAGGCAUCUAAUAACAGCAACGGCAAGCUGCCUGUGAUGGCAGAAGCUUUAGUAAUGCCUGCAACAAAGAAGCCAAAGACAGCUGAAGAUAAAGCUAUGGAUGAUCUCAAAUUAACAAAAGAAGAGAAAGAGAAAUUGUUCCCAUGUGAAGACUACAAGCCUUACUGCAAGAAUUACGCCCAGACCGGACAAUGUAGAGAUGUUUAUACGCAGAGGUAUUGCAGAAAAAGCUGUGAUUUAUGUAAAGUUCCUUAUGGAGUGUUCAUUGGCUGCCAAGACUUAGAUGUUUGUAAGAAGUUUGCCGCAUCUGCUUGCAUGGUGCAUUGGGUCAGGGAGACGUGUAAAUCCAAAUGUGGAACAUGUGGUUAUGAACGUCAAGGCAACGCCCACAUCACCAUUGGCAAAAAGAGACAUUUCAGUGACACCAUAAAGAAGCAAGAUAAGACCACGCAGAAGGAAGAGAAGAUUGAGACGAAACAGAUAGGCAGUGUGAAACAACUGCAAAAAGUCCUUAAGAAAAUGACCAAGAAAGUUAAAGAUGCUGUGAAGCAAGUGGCAGCGAAAGUCGAGACACUCGAGAAGAAGAACGACAAACCUGUUAUUGCCAAGCCAGUGAUCAAACCGACACAGACCCGAAGUGAUAAUGACGCCAGCGAGAAAAACAGUGACGAUGAUGACGUCAAUGAUGAUAAUGACAAUGCUGAUGAUGAAGAUGCUACUGACCAAGAUGUGAGCGGGGAAGGAAGCUCUGAUGACGAAAACGAAGAUGAUAAUGAUCAUGACGACAAUGCAUCAGGCGUGGCCAACGCUGAGGACAAACCUGAAGAACCAAUCAGACUUGACACAGAUCCACGUGGUGAGCCCGUGGUCGCCAAGAUGGUCCAUCAGCCAAUCAAAUUCAACGACGCUCCUCUGAAAGCGAUGCAUGUUAAAAUUGUCAAGAGCAAGAAACAAGCCAAGAAGGUGGAGGAUGCAAAACCGAAAGUUGAGGUCAAGAAGACGGCGAAAAAAGUCAGCAGUGAUAAAGUAGUGAAGAAGGCCAAAAAAAUUGAUAAAGUAGUGAAGCAAGACAAGCCAAAGAUUAAAACCACGAAACCGAAGAAGCUAAAAAAUUAAAAUCAAUAUUCGUAACAAUUUACGAUUGAAAAAUGAGGACUUUUGCUUCAUUUCGCUUAUGUGGACGUUAUUUCAUCAGAAUGUAUAAUGUAGAAAUACUAAAUGAUUGUUAAACUUCAGAGUAGUUUUUUUCCCAGGACUUUACUUGUCAGCUCACGUGCAGGUGAAGUAGGUCAGUAGCUUUUAACAGUGUUUACUCACAAGGAAGAUCAACGCUUUCAGAUUGGUAUUAUGUCGACUUCCCUCGCAUGAUCAGUUUAUUGUAUUUUAAAUAAAUACAUUUACUUUUGAAAUUAUGUACUACCUUAAAAGUCUUUAAU